GCCCGGCCCCGGCCGCCGAGCGUACCCUCACCAUGGCCGGGAUCGGCAUCGACCACUCCAAGCUGCCCGGAGUCAAAGAAGUGUGUCGAGACUUCGCUGUUCUGGAAGAUCAUACCUUGGCCCAUAACUUGCAGGAGCAAGAGAUUGAGCAUCACUUGGCAACAAAUGUUCAGCGUAAUCGUCUGGUGCAACAUGAUUUGCAGGUGGCCAAGCAACUGCAAGAAGAGGAGGAUCUGAAAGCACGUGCUCAAAUCCAGAAACACCGAAAAGACUUAGAACGACAGGACUGUGAAAUCGCUCAGGAAAUCCAAGUGAAGCUGGUAUUUGAAGCGGAGCAGCGCCGCAGGCAAGAGGAAAAAGACGAGGACAUUGCCCGUCUCCUACAACAGAAAGAACUGCAGGAAGAAAAAAAGCGCAAGAAGCACUACUCAGAAUCCCAGGGACAUGCAGUCUAUGAAGAUAGCUAUUAUGCGGAAAAUGGAGGCACUAAGUUGAGGGGGGCGCAGCAAGCCAUGUAUGAUACACCCCAAAGGGAACAGGAGUUGUCUGAUGCAGAGAUUGCUCGGAAGCUGCAGGAGGAAGAGCUCCUGGCUAACGAGGCAGAUCAGAAGGCAGCUCAAGUAGCCCAAGAUGAAGAAAUUGCUCGACUCUUGAUGGCUGAGGAGAAAAAGGCUUUCAAGAAAGAGAAGGAGAGAGAAAAGUCUUCCUUUGAAAAGAGGAGGCAUGAUCAAGACUGGAAGCAAGAUGCAAGCGAGUCCACGCGCUCAAGGUCAACAGAAGGGCCUGAAACUCAGCGACACAAAGGCAACAGGUCUUCAAGGUCACAGCCUCUCCUUGAUGACUUUGAACAUGCUCGAUAUUACACAAGCCAGCCCAGCCCCUUGCGUCACGUCCCCAAACCUGAGCACUCUCCUAAAGGUUCCCGUAGGAAGCAGUAAACUGUGCUAGCCUUUGCUUUGGUACUGACUCUUCUGUAGCAAACAUUACUGGAAUUGCCAGGCAACUUUCUCAAUUCCUUACCCAAUGGGAUGUCCACCCUCCACUCCCAGGAUCUCUUUUUUUAAGUGUCAUCAUAUUAAUAAGGAACAUUGUUUGUUUCAAUUUCUUACUCAUAUGUGAUCACUUAAGCAGUGCAGUAUAAUCUAGCUGCCACUGAGCUGUGUGAAUCAACUAGCUGACUUAACAGCUCCCUCUUACAUUCUUCUGAGGCUUUCCUUUUAUUUUUAAGCUUUGGCUGGAGCUUUGACAAAUAGGACAAAUAGAGAUGCACAUACAACAGGGAGGAGAAUCCAAGAAAUGGGUUGAGUUAUGGCAAUGCAGCAGAAUGUCAGAAGUACAAGUCCUUUCGUAUUAGGAUGACUUAGCAAAGAGAGUUACAAGAGGAAAUGUGUUUCUUCCCAUGCUGGAUAAGACAGCUGAGUCAACCUGACAGUCAUGCUAGCUUGCAGGAAGGAGAGAGCAUCUUCAUAAUAUACAUCAGCAAAAGCCAGAACCUGGGACUGGUGAGGAAGAAAUUGCCUAUAGAACAAAAUUUCUUAACUGCUGUGUUUCUUUCUAGGGUUUCCAGCAAUCUGGGUAGAGUGUGUAACCAGGCAUUUAGCUCCAGGAUAUAGGAUAGAACAGUUAAAAGGAAAGACAAUUUCAAUUGAAAUUAGACCUUGUGUGCAUGACUUUUAAGACAUGCCAGGGAGCUGAUGAAGCUGCAAGUUGUGGAUUGGGAAGAAUCGUACAAACAGAUUUAAAUGCCUGAAGGGACCUCUGUGGUCACCUGCUUUGAGCUUCACUGUGGUAGAAGCCAAGGAAUUUCACUAAAACCAAGUAGGAACUACUGUAACUCCUAGCUCAGUUGCUGAUGCACUUGAGUACAGUGACUUGUGUCUGAACCUGCAUACGUCUUGGAAACAUGGGGCUGAAGAAGGGCCGUAUGGGUAUUGAGCAUUGAAUCCCAAAUCUACAGUUAUAGGCAACUUAGAGCUAGACAGAGAGUGCCUAAACAGUCCACACAAUGUCUGUGCUGACUGCUUCCUCUCUACGCUGCUCCGUCCAGCACCCCAGGCAGACUCCAGUCAGAAUAAAACUGUUGCUUUCUAGGGCAUAGCAGGGUUUUCAAGUUCAAAUUGUCUGAACAAAUUUGCCCAUGCAGUGAUUUUUUUUUUUUUUCCCCUCCCUUUCAAUGGCUUGUUUGCACAAGAGAAGAAUCAUUUUCAGAGAGCAGAGGGCAAACAAGUAGCCUUUUCCCUUGGUCUCCUCUCAUUUCAAUUUUUGUCUUUUUAAUAACUUUUUUUGCUGCCUUUUUUUUGUUUUUUUCAGUUUUAUUUUUAAACUACAAACCUGAGCGUCUGGAUGCUGGCUUGGAGUCUCUUCAGCCAGUACAGUGUAGUUAUUCAUUUGCCAGUCCAGUUCACGGCAGCAAGCCUGGCUGCCUUGCCCCUGCAGCCCAGCUUCCUUAAUGCCCAGCACUGAGUCUGUCCCACCAUGCUCUUCGUCUUCUGCUGGCAGCUGCAAUUCUGCUGCUGGCUUUGCUGAGGAGGGGAAGCAGAGGCGUGACUGUACUUGCCCUCGCCACCGAUCUGCCUGGGAAAGGAGCCUUGACAGCGCUGUAGAGCUUUGUGGAAAGCACACGCUGGUGUGGAGCACCGAUAAGAAAUCGGAGGAGAUUGUCUCUCUGCUCUUUUACUAAUGCACAAUUCAAGCCCCAAGGCAGCUGUAAGGCUUUCACUUUGGCUGUUGUUCUUGGUCGGGAUAGUUACUGAGGAAGAUCACUAGGAAGAUAAGGCAACUCCUUUUUCACAUAAGUUGCAGGGGCAAGUUUAAUAGGACAGCACAAGCCCAUGCCUUGCCUUGCUUAACUCAAACUUCCAUCUCCUACCCCCGCUGGUCUGUUGGCAGCAGUUCACUAUAAAGAACCAGAUAACCCUUGACAGACCUCUGCUCCAGGCAUACACUAGCCAAAAAAAUCUUGUAACGUAGGACUUUGUGCAUCGGCAGCAUCCUGCUGGCUGUGUGCCCUUGCUUCCAGACUGUGAGCUUGCUCACCUGCAUGAACCCUUAAGUGACUUGCAAGGUCUUGCUUGCUUGCUGCUUCUUCUCAGGAGAUAUCCCAGCCAGCAGCUAGAUUUUACUGUCCUCGCCUUGUUCCCUCUUCUUGUUCCAUCUCUGUCCAUUCAGAAGUGUUAACGUUGUUUUAAAGAAUCUGGAAAAAGGACAACAUAGGCCCUAUUUUUUUCUUUUGUUAUUUGAUAACUUGGGCCGAUGUGGCAA